GAAAGAAGGACAAGUGCCGGAAGAAAUCGAGGGCCGAAAAGAAGCAGUCGAAAUGUGAUGGGCAGAAGCGGCGCCGGCCCCUCUGCGAAAACGGAGCACAAGCGAAGCCGCAAAUCCGGAUCGAAAGUUACAGUCCCUUCGAGUGCACGGGAGAUUUUAACGCUGAAAGAACGUAACGAGUCGCCCCCCUCGACCCCCGUCCGCAGAAAGCGCGGAAGCGGCGCCGAGAACCGUCCGCCAAAGACCCCGGAAAAAAGAUUGCGGGAUGAUAGAAGCGCGACUACGCACCGCAAAACAAAGAAGAGAAUAUCCUACAAAGACGACAGAACAGUGGAGACAAUCGAUAUUAGAGGGUCUGACGACAGGCACAGCGGACCCCAAGUGGAAGAAGAGGAGGAACACGGCCGUUCCGCGUCAGAGAAGUCGGAUGGUGCGGAGGACGAGGAGCCAGGAAACGAGGGAGACGACAACGAUUCUUUCCGCAGACAAUCGCAAAACACCGAUGAGGACGACGACAGCGACGGCAAGUCGGCCAGCGAGAGAACCGGCGAAGACCAGAGCACAGCUUCGGAAAGAGGUGGUUCGCCAUUUCCUUCGAGGACGCUGCGCAGAGAAGGAGAACGGCAGGCAUGCAAUGGCAGCGACACCGAGGAGCGUGUCGGUGACAGACAAAUCGUACAGCACGUCAGCGCCGCCGAAAAAGUGCGCGCAAGCGGCGGAGCCGUGCAAGGACCGAAGGACGAGGGCGCCGCAUUCGCGAAGAAAAUGAAGGGCAAGCUGUUGCGUUCCGUCGCCAAAGCUUUUGCGUUCUCUGCGGCAAACGACGCAACUCUGUACCUGACAGAAGACGCGUUUUUCGCGGCGGUGCAAGCGACGGCGAAACUGGCAAGGGAGACAGCAGAGGAAGGGCUGCGGUCUCACAUAGCAGAGUGCGGGAUUCGAAUUGUCAUAGGGGAAUGCAACAGAAUGAUGACGACGAUCCGCGGAGAGAUUACAUGGCAGCUGAAACAUUGGUUUUGGGCUGAAAAAGGGAUUCCGCUCGCCGGAUCGCAGCAAACGGACCACCACCUCCCCACUCGCAACAAGAUGCGCACCGAGAUGAAGGAGAACAAGACGUGGAGACGGAGCGGCGACGAUCCGUGGGGCGCCCCCGCCUUCAAGACGACACUCUUAAAAGUUUUUCAGAUGAGGAAGGAAGGCCGGAAUCUGGGCGUCACCCUGCAGCAACUGGCUUUUGCGGAGAUGGUCAUUCAAUGUGAGAUAGAACAGACAACGAAGACGACACGAGCUGCGGAGCAGAUAGAAAAAUUGGUAUCUAUAAAGCAGGCAAUCGUCUCAUCUCUCCGUAGCCGAGACACGGUAAUGAGUUUUUCCGUCUUCAAACUGGACUGUUCCGUAUCCGUGGCUGAGAAGGCAGCUGCGCUCUUUCGCUCUGGCACGCUGUCUGUCCACAGGCCUGGGCCUCCAAGCAUCACAAUAACGGAUGACGAUUACGACAUCAAGUUCAUUCUCCCUCAGAGUACAGCAGCCGGAGACGGGGACAGGCGCACCGACAGUCUGUGCGCCGCACCCUGAACAACGAGGGACAGUUUGGCGACAUUUCGACAUGGAAGGGAGGAUGCGGGGCAAUGACUAAACGGU